AUGGAGAUCUCUUCAACUCUGCCUCCGGAGUUAUACCAAAAGUUAUCCAGAUUAAUUUACGCUAAGGAUAUCUUUGGUCUCUUCUAUCUUAUCGGCAAGCUUUUUGCAUUUUAUAUACUUUUCUACAUGGCAGAAGUCGGCAUCUCCUAUAUAAUAUUUGAAGUGUACACAGUUCUAGUAGUGUUUACAAUGGAUAUGCUGUACAUGAACUGUGUUUGUACAUUGAAGGCUUGUUUCAAGGAAAUUAACAAUAAUCUUCUACAUAUGCAAGCAUUCAUAGUAAACAAUGAACCAUGUGUUCCCAUACUUCCCAUGAUGUUCUGCUACGGGCAAAGAAAUGCAUUCCUGAUAAUGAACCUUAAGGCUCUGAAAAAGCAACAUCUCAUGGUUAGCAACACAGUACAGAUGCUGAACACAAUUUUCAGUUUGCAACUUCUUGCUACUAUAGUUAUAAUCUUCGCUGAAAUUAUUUUUGGACUGUACUUCCAUGUAGUGCAGUAUAAUAGAUAUGAUGGAUUUUUCAUCAAUUUGGAUGAAGAGAUCGGUUUGAUAUUCUUAGAAACAAUAUAUUACGUAACAAAAAUGGCGUUACUUGUGUGGACUUGCGAGACUGGCAAGAAUCAAGCUCAAGAGAUCCGUACCACGAUUCACGAUGUACUUAUCAUCAGCAGAGAUGAGCAAAUAAAAAAUGAGUUGCAGUUAUUUUCGUUGCAAAUAUUGCAUUGCAAAAAUACAUUUUCUGCCAAAGGUCUUAAUGUGGACGCAACGUUUCUCGCUACGUUGGUGGGUGCCAUCACUACAUAUAUGUUAAUUUUGCUACAAUUCUUGGUCAUAUCACAAGCCUGCGAUGAAAAGUCUGCAAUCAAUGGUACACGAAUAAUGUAA